CUAAAACUUACCUGCCCCUUAUUCAAACUCAAACUUGGUUUGAAAACCUUUGUUUAAGGUCGAGCUUAACGAUAAACUCACAGUAAAACACCUAACAAAAACCUCCUCCUUUCCUGCGCGGUCAUGGCUUCCAGGCGAGUAAGAGCUUUUAAGCGGUGGAUGAGUUCCCACGGCAUUGAGUACAGCGAUGCACUCCAUAUCAAAGACGACCCAGAAAGAGGGAUCUCCGUUGUGGCCUUGUGUGAUUUGAAGGAAGGUGAUGUGGUGGCAGCCAUUCCAAAAACUGCAUGUCUCACGGUUAAAACUAGUGGGGCUUGUGAAAUAAUCGAGGCAGCUGGUUUGGGUGGUACUUUAGGCUUAUCGGUUGCUUUGAUGUAUGAGAGGAGCUUGGGGGAGGAGUCUCCUUGGGCUGGUUAUCUGCAGCUCUUGCCUCAUCAAGAGUGUGUGCCGUUUGCUUGGUCUCUUGCUGAAAUUGAUUCUCUUUUGUGUGGGACUGAGCUUCACAAGAUAGUUGAAGAAGAUAAAAAGUUUAUUUAUGAGGAUUGGAAAGAAUAUAUUCGAUCCCUUUUGGAUUUGGCUCCUCUGAAGGGUAAAGCACACUUUUUUGGUGUUGAAGAGUACAUUGCUGCAAAAAGUCUUGUUGCUUCUAGAUCUUUUGAAAUUGACGAUUAUCAUGAAUAUGGAAUGGUCCCCUUGGCAGAUCUCUUUAAUCAUAAAACUGGUGCUGAGGAUGUCCACUUCUCCUCAGUACCUUGGCAUCAAGAAUCUGAUCAUAUCGAUGACAAUGACCAUCAUGAAGAUGAAUCAUCAACUGAACGUUCUGACCUGAACAGGGAAGUGACUGCUCCUCCAGUGGGAAAAAAUUCUUCUGACAGCAGUGACACAGAACAUUCUUCUUAUUCAGGGGAUGAUCCUUCAGUGUUGCAAAUGAUUAUGGUGAAAGAAGUCAAAGCUGGAAUCGAGAUUUUCAAUACCUAUGGGUUGGUUGGAAAUGCUGCACUCCUACACAGGUAUGGGUUCACGGAGCCAGAAAACUCAUAUGACAUAGUGAAUAUUGAUUUGGAGUUGGUACUUCAAUGGAGUUCAUCUUUAUUUUCUAGCCGACAUGCUAGAGCAAGGUUGUCCUUGUGGAGAAGAUUAGGAUACUCUGGAUGUGUCAGUCAAAGUUCUGAAUAUUUUGAGAUAGCAUCUGAUGGAGAGCCCCAAAUUGAAUUGCUUAUAUUAUUAUACAUCAUGUUAAUGCCUGAAGAUACAUUUCAUAAGUUGGAUCUUAGUUUAUCAGCUGGUGAGAGUUAUAGUGAAGCACUAAGUAAAAUAUUAUCGGAGAAAAAGAAUGUUGCAUUUGAAAAGACUUUGGAUAUGAGCAAAGAAGUAUUCUUCACAGAAGGUGUUUGUGAUGCGCUCUUGUCAUUAGCAGAUGUGCGGGAGAGUUUUUAUGCCUCGAGGUCAAAAGAAGAUGAUCUUGAAGUUUUGAGAAGUGGUUCUGUACAAGAUAGGAAGUUUUACCAUUCUUUGGUACUACGCGUAAGUGAGAGAAGGAUUAUGGAGAAUUUGCGAAAGAAUGCAGCAACUCAUAUGCAGUCACUGAAAACUGCUAAAAGGAGCUCUAUGAGAAAGAGAUUAAAGAGAAGUAUGAUGCAGAAUUAAUUCAGAGUAGGGUGCAGCAUUAAUCCUUUCAAUAAAAUUUCCAUGAUGUUCAGAUGCAAGGAUGCUGCCGGUGAUAGGACAGAAAUGUCAUUUAAGGUAAUUUUUCUCAGGGUUGUAUCAGUUAGGAUGUCAUGUAGCUUAUGUUUGUAGUUGUUUACUAUUUUGAUAAUUGAUUGAGUUAUUUAUGUGUCUCACUUAUGCAUGUAACAUAUUCUCUUGUUCAUAGAACAACUUUCUUUUCA